AAUUUUACUUGGCAAUUAAAAAAAAUAUUAUUAAAAUAAAAAUAAUUGAUGAAGCAACUGAAUCUUAUGAAAUUCCAAUAAUUCAUAAAUAUUUUUUUGAAAAAGAUAAUGAAAAAGUUAAAAUUACAGAAGCAAGAUUUAAAAAUAUUAAAGCAUCUUUUGAUAAUUGGAAUAGUUUAAUUACUACAAAUAUAUCACAUGGUUAUUAUUAUAGAAGCUUUAAUAUAUCUGAAUUUGAAUUUAUAUUACCUAAAAAUACAUUUCAUAAUCGAUAUGAAAAAUAUUUAUAUAUGAUUGAUGAAAGUGAAAAUAAAAAUCUUGUGAUAACUCAUAUUCUUACUGGUAAAAAGUAUUUAAUUAAUGAUAGAAAAUUAAAUGAUUGGUCUAGAUUUUAUGAUUUUGGUAUUCUAGAAGAAGAUUGG